AUGGCUCAUUCGGUAAGGAAACGUAGCGUUUUGAAUAUAUGUUUACGAUAGUUUCAGAGUCAUAGGCUGGAUAAAAUUUGUUUUUGAAUAUAUGUUUACAAUAGUUUUAGAUUAAUAUGUUUAUGAUAUUUCUAGAUUAAUAUGUUGGAUCUUAUCAAAGCUUGUGAAGCUGAAAGUGAACUCGACUUUCUCCAAGAGUCGUUUGUGCUUACUGAUGAGCAGAAGGAAGCUAUUCUUCAACAGCGCAUUAUAUUUUGGACGAACGCGAUGGCCGAAGAUAUUGAACGAGAGAAUCCGGUUGGAGUUGACCCUGAUAUGAUGGCAAACUGGACCGAGGAUCAACGUCGCCUGUUCAACGAAGACUGGGCCAAUGAUGAUGGUUUAUGCGAACUCGAACAGAUGCCAGAACCGCCACAAAACCAAAUAGGUGAAGGGAGCAAGCGAAGGCACGCCAGUGAUCACGCCCCCUCAAAACGCCAAAGACCAGAGGAGUAUUUCACUAUUAAAUCAGCCAAGCAAGUCAACGUGAGGAAAUUCAGGACGACAGGUACACAUUAAACUGUUUUUAUAUUUUUAAGCGUAACAUCGGCUACGUGUGGGAUAUAAAUUGUUAUGUGCGAGUGAGGUUUCGUUUUUAUUAGGCUCCAUUUACACUAUACCGGAUUGCUAUCGGAGUGGGUCAAAUUUUGUAGGUAUCCAAAGGUUGUGAAGAUUUUUAAUCUCAGAGCCCCAAAUAAACAUGCCAAUUCUGUCAAACUAAUAAGCAUUUGCUACUAGCCAAUGCUCCGUAACGGCAAAAGAAGAUGUAGUGACCAGCGAAUCCGGUAUAGUGUAAACCGGGGCUUAUAAGAGUUGUGUUUAUUGCUUAUAUGUACAUCUGUAGUUGGCUGUACGAAGGAUGUCCAACAAGUUAUCUUUUUAUAAAUGGUCAUAACUCUCAAAUGAAGCUUACAGGGCUUACGAUUUAAAUUGUAGCUAAAUUUUUCAAAUAGCACAAUCCGGUAAAUAGCGAACUUAAGACCUACGACGCGGUUGGCUCAACGACGCGCUUGUGAAAGAAAGAAAUUUGUUAUGCAAGACAAAAACUAUCAAUAAUUCGUGGUCUCAGGGGUAUUUUCAAAGGCUUUGUCGUGCUAAAAAACGUUAAACUAAGCAUUAUCACGACUUUCACGCAAGGUGAACGCUUAUUGCGACCCUAAAGCCGUCUUAAAGUCGAAAUUACAGCAAACACUGCAUCGCUUUAGUCGAACUUGGCAGUUUUUAAGGUUAUUUGAAAAAUCUUCAAACAUUUAUUACAGUAAUGCAAUUGCUUAGGGCUCAUUCUUGAACUGAAAUUCAGACCGCGUCGUUGAGCUGGCGCGUCAUAGAUCUUGAGCUCUCUAUUAGUGUUGUUUGUACAACCUCCCGUUUUUAGGUAUCCAAAUUAUUCCAUAUUACAGAGUAAUCAUGUUACAGUAAUCUAUAUAAUGAUUACUGCUAUAAAAAUAACGCAAUGGUGUAAACGCGCCACAUUUUCCUUGGCCAUUAGACCAAGGCUUGUAGUGUAAACAUGACUCAUGAAAUGUUGGGUGUUUAAGGCUGUUUGUUACCAACCAUAGUCUUUCUGACUGCUAUUACUCAGUACAAUAGUGUAUUACGGUUUUUAGGUACAGACUAUACUGUCCAGUUCAACCCGCUGGACGUGCACGGGGUGUCGAACGUCAUGUCGACGUUGAACCGCGCAUUUCAACACUUAUUUGACCGACUGACAAGUGAUAUGGCACCUCAGGAUCAAGUUCGCUUGAUCCUCAACUCAGAUCAGCUGGACAAAUCCAUUUCCUUACCUUUCCUGCAACGCGAUCGUCUAACCCCAGAACGUUUCCUGGCAGCUGUUGAACGUGUCGUACAGUCCAAUGAUCAAUUUACUUUGGACGACUCUGUCAGCGUCAACGUGGUUCAUGUCGAAAUGCCUCAGGGUGGUACUGGGCGUAAACGUGAUGUUGUAAACUUGGAAAGUUAUUUGACGAAAAAACGAGGCAUAGUUCAAAUUAAGAACAAAGAUGAUCUCUGUUGUGCCCGCGCGAUUGUGGUGGCCAAAGCAAAAUUGGAUAACGAUCCGCAGUACAAGAGUAUCGUUAAGCACGAAAGACCUUUUCAAACUCACUUAGCCCGAGAACUCCACGAGUCAGCGGGUGUUCCUCUUGGUCCCUGUGGCAUCCCAGAAAUCAAACAGUUCCAAGCUGCUCUUUCUGAUUAUCAACUCAACGUGGUCUCUAAAGAACAUUUAAACGCUAUGAUUUAUUCCGGUCCUGAAUCAGACAAACACUUAUAUUUAUACCAUCAUGACAACCAUUACGACGUCAUCACCAGUAUGCCUGCCUUCCUUGCCCGUAAACAGUAUUGUCAUAAAUGCAAGAAGGGCUACGACAAGAUUACUGACCAACCGUGUGGCGAUCUGUGCAAGCUGUGUCAUACCCAGAACUGUCCCAUCGUUGAAUGGAAAUUUUGCAAAGACUGUAACCGGUUCUUUAAAAGUGACGAAUGCUUCAACCGCCAUAAAGAUGACGCUGGUCCUGCCAAAUCCCUGUGUCAUGCUUUAAUUAAAUGCAAGAAAUGUAAACGUGUGGUUACUCGUGCCAGUCUUCGCGAUCAUCAUUGUGGCAAAGUCAGAUGUUCAACCUGUCAAAAGUACGUCAAGCCUGAAAACCAUCAAUGCUAUCUUCAACCUGUAAAGGCGAAGAAGACACGAUCCACUGAAGAACGAAACGAUUUGCUCGAUGAUGAUGUGGCCGUGGAAAACGACGUAGAAGACACCAAAAACUUAAUGUUCUUUGACUUUGAGUGCACGCAAGACGAUGGUAAACACGUCCCCAAUCUCUGCGUAGUCCAGAACGAAAGCGGUGACGAGAAAGUCUUUUCUGGGCCAAACACGAAAGACGAGUUUUGCGAGUGGAUGUUUCAGCAGGAAAACGCGAAUACGACGUUUGUCGCACAUAACUUUCAGGCUUACGACGGGUACUUUAUUCUACAAUACCUUUACAAGAAUGGUGUCACUCCAGAAAUCAUUACCCGUGGCGCAAAAAUCCUUUCCCUCACUGUCCCCGAAAUGAACAUCAAGUUUAUUGAUUCUCUCUGUUUCAUCCCAAUGAAACUCGCCGCCUUCCCGAAAACGUUUGGUCUCACAGAGCUUCAGAAAGGUUACUUCCCUCAUUUCUUUAACCGUGCUGAGAACCAAGACUACGUUGGACCUCUUCCAGACUCGAAGUUCUACGAUCCUGAUGGCAUGAGCAGCGAUGACCGAGAAAAGUUUUAUUCAUGGUACAACGAGCAAGUCCGGCGUCAGUACGAGUUCGACUUUCAAGCCGAAAUUCUUCGAUAUUGUCAAUCCGAUGUGGACAUUUUGCGUCGCUGCUGUCUCGAGUUCCGCGAACUUUUCAGCCAAAUCACAGAUGUUGACCCUUUUGCCUCUUGUCUCACCAUUGCCUCUGCUUGUAAUCUCGUCUUCCGUAAAACGUUCUUCCAGGAGAACACCAUCGCCGUCAUUCCUCCUUGCGGAUACAAGCCUGAAAACAAACAGUCCGUCAUCGCCUCGAAGAUGCUGGCCUGGGUCGCUCAACGUGAUAACAUCGCCAUUCGUCACGCCCGGAACCACGGAGAACAGCGCAUUGACAAGUAUCUUGUCGAUGGUUUCAACGUUGAGACAAACACUGUUUGGGAAAUUCAAGGAUGCCUGUGGCAUGGAUGCGAAAGGUGUUAUGCCAGAGAUACCGUGAAUCCGAUCAACCAUAUGACCAUGCAAGAUCUUAAGCAGCGAACCCUAGAGAAAAUCCAAUUCCUAAAGGACAACGGAUACAAUGUCGUAGAGAUUUGGACGUGUGAUAUUGAGCGUCAACUUGCCACUGAACCCGAGAUGAAGGACUUCUUCGACAAUUUCGAGAUUUCUGAACCUCUUGAACCUCGUCAUGCAUUCUUCGGUGGAAGGACUAACGCAACACGCCUAUACUACGACGUCCAGCCAGAAGAGAAGAUCCGCUAUGUGGAUUUCUGCAGCCUCUACCCAUGGUAUGUAUCUUGUUGAAGUCCUUUAACUCAAACGUGUUUGCCGUUAACCUUCUUAAACAUUUUUAGGUGUAACAAAUACGGCGAGUAUCCGAUUGGCCAUCCCAAGAUUAUUACUGAGAACUUUCAACCUAUCAGUGACUACUUUGGUUUG